AUGUCGGACUACAGCACGGGAGGACCCCCACCCGGGCCGCCGCCGCCCGCUGGCGGGGGCGGGGGUUCCGGGGGCGCCGGGGGAGGCCCUCCGCCGGGACCCGCCGGGCGCGGGGGACCGGGGCGGCGGCCGGCACCCGGCGGCGGGCCGGGCGGGGGGUCGGCAGGGGGGCCCUCGCAGCCGCCCGGCGGGGGCGGCCCGGGGAUCCGCAAAGACGCCUUCGCCGACGCCGUGCAGCGGGCCCGCCAGAUUGCAGCCAAAAUUGGAGGUGAUGCUGCUACGACAGUGAAUAACAGCACUCCUGAUUUUGGGUUUGGGGGCCAAAAGAGACAAUUGGAAGAUGGAGACCAACCGGAGAGCAAGAAGCUGGCUGCCCAGGGAGACUCAAUCAGUUCUCAACUUGGACCCAUUCAUCCUCCCCCGAGGACGUCAAUGACAGAAGAGUACAGGGUCCCUGAUGGCAUGGUGGGACUGAUCAUUGGCAGAGGAGGCGAACAAAUUAACAAAAUCCAGCAGGAUUCAGGCUGCAAAGUACAGAUUUCUCCAGAUAGUGGCGGCCUCCCAGAGCGUAGCGUGUCCUUGACCGGAGCCCCAGAAUCUGUGCAGAAAGCAAAGAUGAUGCUGGAUGACAUCGUCUCUCGGGGUCGUGGUGGCCCUCCAGGACAGUUCCAUGACAAUGCCAACGGGGGUCAGAAUGGCACAGUGCAGGAGAUCAUGAUCCCCGCGGGCAAAGCCGGCCUGGUCAUUGGCAAAGGCGGGGAGACAAUUAAGCAGCUGCAGGAACGAGCUGGAGUGAAGAUGAUUUUAAUUCAAGAUGGUUCCCAGAAUACAAAUGUGGACAAACCUCUUCGGAUUAUCGGAGAUCCUUAUAAAGUGCAGCAAGCCUGCGAGAUGGUGAUGGAUAUCCUCCGGGAGCGUGACCAGGGUGGCUUCGGGGACCGGAAUGAAUACGGAUCCCGGAUUGGUGGGGGCAUUGAUGUGCCAGUGCCCAGGCAUUCUGUUGGGGUGGUUAUAGGCCGGAGCGGGGAGAUGAUCAAGAAGAUCCAGAACGAUGCAGGCGUGCGGAUACAGUUCAAACAAGAUGACGGGACGGGUCCUGAGAAGAUAGCUCACAUAAUGGGACCCCCAGACAGAUGUGAGCAUGCAGCCCGGAUCAUCAAUGACCUUCUCCAGAGCCUCAGGAGUGGUCCUCCAGGCCCUCCAGGAGGCCCUGGCAUGCCCCCAGGGGGGCGAGGCCGGGGCAGAGGCCAAGGCAACUGGGGCCCACCUGGCGGGGAGAUGACAUUCUCCAUCCCCACCCACAAGUGUGGGCUGGUCAUCGGGCGAGGUGGCGAGAACGUGAAAGCCAUAAACCAGCAGACAGGCGCCUUUGUUGAGAUUUCACGGCAGCUGCCACCCAACGGGGACCCCAACUUCAAAUUGUUCAUCAUCCGAGGCUCACCCCAGCAGAUCGACCACGCCAAGCAGCUCAUCGAGGAGAAGAUUGAGGGUCCUCUCUGCCCAGUUGGACCAGGUCCAGGGGGACCAGGCCCCGCUGGCCCAAUGGGGCCCUUCAACCCUGGGCCCUUCAAUCAGGGGCCACCAGGGGCCCCCCCUCAUGCUGGGGGCCCCCCUCCUCACCAGUACCCACCCCAGGGCUGGGGCAAUACCUAUCCCCAGUGGCAACCACCUGCUCCUCAUGACCCAAGUAAAGCAGCCGCGGCAGCGGCCGACCCCAACGCGGCCUGGGCUGCCUACUACUCGCACUACUACCAGCAGCCCCCAGGCCCUGUGCCGGGCCCCGCGCCGGCCCCCGCAGCGCCGCCCACUCAGGGCGAGCCCCCUCAGCCCCCACCCACCGGACAGUCGGACUACACCAAGGCCUGGGAGGAGUAUUACAAGAAGAUUGGCCAGCAGCCCCAGCAGCCUGGAGCACCCCCACAGCAGGACUACACGAAAGCCUGGGAGGAGUACUACAAAAAGCAGGCUCAAGUGGCCACUGGAGGGGGGCCGGGAGCGCCCCCAGGCUCCCAGCCGGACUACAGCGCUGCCUGGGCCGAAUAUUACAGGCAGCAGGCUGCUUACUACGGACAGACUCCCGGUCCUGGCGGCCCCCAGCCACCACCCACACAGCAGGGACAGCAGCAGGCUCAAUGAAUCGAAUGAAUGUGAACCUCUUCAUCUGUGAAAAUCUUUAUUUUUUUUUUUUCUUUUUGUUCUGUUUGGGGGCUUUUUUUUUUCCAUUGGGUUUUGUUUUUGGUUUUUUUUUUUUUGGUUUGGCGAGAGAGCGAUGGCUCUGGAGUUCACGGCCCCAGCGGGUCCUGCUCCGGGCUCUCGCGCUCUCGCUCCUUCUGUGUGUCUCACAUGCUUUUUCUUUCAAAAUUGGGAUCCUUCAUGUUGAGCCAGCCAUAGAAGAUAGCGAGAACUAAGUCUCUGCAAAAAAAGAGGCAGAGAGAAAACAAACAAAAAAAAACACACAGGAAAGCAAAACAAAACCUAUGAAAUUAUAUAUAUAUAUACAUAUAUAUAUAUAAAUCUUUAUACCCCCAGCCUUCCUGAAACUGCUUCUUUCAGGGUAACACAAUUCAUUUUCUCCCUGCCACCCUUGGCCCUUUUCUUGUUUUUAAAAUAAACUUUGCAAAAGGAAAAAAAAAAAGUCACUCUUGCUAUUUCUUUUUUUUAGUUAGAGUUGGAACAUUCCUUGGACCAGGUGUUGGUAUUGCAGGACCCUCGCCCGCCCCCAGCGGCCGAACCCCCUCCCCCGCCCCCCCAUCUCUCUUCUCUCUGGCUCCUCCUUGCACCCUCCUAGCUCAGCUCCCCGCGGCCUCCCCCGUCUCUCUACUCCCAGGACUGGUCUGUCGUGUUUCAUCUGUUCAGAGGAGACUGAAACUGAACACAAAAUGAAAACAAAAAAAAAUUGUAUGGCAGUUUUUACUUUUUAUCGCUCGUUUUUAACUUCACAAAUAAAUGAUAACAAAACCUC